AGAGCAGGAAACGAUAGACAACAAGAAGUGACUCCUGAGCCGACCGGGAGAGGGACGGCUCCUGUCGAGCUGGACUACCAAAGAAAACUGGAUUAAAAGCUUGCAUUCGGACGGAAAUCUGGUUUAUUUGAUACGUUGGUAACCCAUGGACAAAUUGGCCGUGGAUACAUAUUUAUCAAGUGCGUUUCGAGCUCAAUCCAAGGAGUUUAAAGUUUCCGCGAUCUCCUCUCUUGGAUCUCACAGUUUUCUUUUUUGCCAGGCUGUGAUGUGGUGACGCGGCUCGUCGACGGGAAGCUAAGCUAACGUUAGCUGGCAAAAUACACCAGAGAAAAUGUGUUUUUAGAUAUUUUAGUUUUCUGACUUCGUCUUCAUUUUUUUUUUUUUUCAUUUGACCCUUGAAGUUGGAUUAUAAAACACACUUUUAUAUAUAUAUAUAUACUUUGCCUGGUAUUGUCUUGGACAGUAACAUUACACUUUUUAGUUGCAGUCCAAUGAGCUAUCGUAACCGGCUGUAGUGCAGAGCUAGCUCUGGACAUUUGAUUGCUAACGGUAGCUAGCUACAUCUGUUUCCACUUUUGUUCCUUGUAAGGAGUGUUGCCUAACUACACUUUUUUUCUUCUUCCCUUGAACAAAGUAUAGAAAAUGUUAGGAUGAGUUAAUAAUUGUGUGUCUGUAUAUUAUAUGUGCAAACACUAAUAAUCAGUGUGAGUCACUUAUCUUUGUGCAAUGCAGAAGUCACUACCGUUAGCGAAAUAGCUAGCUGGAGUUGUUGCCCUCUGAUGUGGGUCUGGCGGUGCGGCCUUUUGGAGUUAUCUUUUUGUUCGCCGUCGGGGACCUCUCAGUCUGGAUGGUUUUCAACAUUUCAUUGGAUUUAAUGUUUUGAAUGGCUUGGAUUAUUCAUACAAUUGUACCGUUGUAUUAGUUGAACGAACUGGCUCGAAGUUAAGUUGAAGAAAGCUCGGCAACAUAAAUAGAAAAGUGGACAUCCACAGAGGAAUUUCGCCUACUUUGCAAAGAUGAUGUGCGAGGUGAUGCCCACCAUCAGCGAGUCAGAGGGGCCUUCGGGUGGCCGGCGGGGGUCUGGCUCGCCUCUGCAUUCCGACUCGGAGGGGCACUUUGAAUCUCUGAUGGUUUCCAUGCUGGAGGAACGCGACCGGCUACUGGACACGCAGGAGACCCAGGAGAACCUAGGCCUGACCCAGGGCAAGCUGCACGAGGUCAGCCACGAGAGGGACUCGCUGCAGAGGCAGCUUAACACCGCCCUGCCCCAGGAGUUUGCUGCGCUGACCAAGGAGGUGAAUGUGUGUCGAGAGCAUUUGAUGGAGAGGGAGGAGGAGAUUGCUGAGCUCAAGGCUGAGAGGAACAACACACGGCUUCUCCUGGAGCAUCUGGAGUGUCUGGUGUCUCGUCAUGAACGCAGUCUGAGGAUGACGGUGGUGAAGAGGCAGGCCCAGUCUCCUGCCGGGGUCUCCAGCGAGGUAGAGGUCCUCAAGGCACUCAAGUCCCUGUUCGAACACCACAAAGCCCUGGACGAGAAGGUUGAGUACCCUGUGGUAGCGUGUAGCCCUGUAGAAAGAUGCAGCCAGUUGGAAGAACAGCUCACAUCACAACACAAAGAGAUGUCUUACCUGAGAGAGCAGAACAUCCAGAAGAGGUCGCUAGGCGAUGGAAUGGAAGGUCUCAACCACAACUCUGAAAACACCCCAAGCACAAACGGCAAGCGGUCGUCAGAUGGCUCUCUGAGCCAGGAGGAGGACCAGGGGAAGGUGGGAGAGCUGCAGGAGGUGGUGGCGAGACAGACGUCAGACCUGGGGCAGAUGAUGGAGCGCAUGGCGGCCAUGACGGGACGCAUCAGCGAGCUGGAGGAGGACCUGGACACGGCACGCAAGGACCUCAUCAAGAGUGAAGACGUGAACACACGCCUGCAGAGAGACAUACGAGAGUCUAUGGCCCAGAAGGAGGACAUCUACAGAGGAGCUACAGUAUCUCAGGUCACCCUGGAGAAGAGGUACUUGUCAGCGCAGCGCCCACCAGUAGAGGCCACCUCCAGUCACAGCCUCAACGACAAGCUGGAGAAUCUCAGGUCUACAGCCCUGUUCCGACAGACUGAGGAGAGGAACAGGCAGCUGCAGGAGCGUUUAGAGCUGGCCGAGCAGAAGCUGCAGCAGACCAUCAGGAAGGCGGAGACUCUGCCCGAGGUGGAGGCGGAGCUAGCCCAGAGGGUGGCGGCCCUCACCAAGGCGGAGGAGCGUCAUGGCAACGUGGAGGAGAGGGUGAGGCAGAUGGAGGCUCAGCUGGAGGAGAAGAACCAGGAACUGCUCAGGGCGCGUCAGAGGGAGAAGAUGAACGAGGAGCACAACAGGCGUCUGUCGGAGACGGUGGACAAGCUGCUGUCAGAGUCCAACGAGAGGCUACAGCUUCACCUCAAGGAGAGGAUGUCUGCCCUAGAGGACAAGAACGGCCUGAUCAGAGAUCUGGAGCACAGUAAGAAGCUGGUUGAGGAAACACACCAUGAGAAGGAGCAGCUAUUGAUCCAGAUUGAGACGAUGCGGGCGGAGAACGAGCAAGGCAGGAACAGGAGCAACUCACUGCUGCACCAUGGGCGGUCUCACCAAGGCAGCACCCCAGACUUCCGGUACCCGGUGUCGGCCUCCUCCAUGAUGGACAGCCACUCGGACCACUACGGCAGCGCGCUGGUGCUGAGGCGGCCCCAGAAGGGGCGUCUCGCCGCGCUACGGGACGAACCCUCCAAGGUCCAGACUCUGAAUGAACAGGAGUGGGAGCGUGUGCAGCAGGCUAAUGUUCUGGCCAACGUUGCUCAGGCGUUUGAGUCUGACCUGGAGACGUCAGACCUGGAGGACGACGAGCGCGAGACCAUCUUCAGCUCCGUGGACCUGCUGUCCCCUGCCGGCCAGGCCGACGCUCAGACCCUGGCCCUCAUGCUGCAGGAGCAGCUGGACGCCAUCAACAACGAGAUCAGGAUGAUUCAGGAGGAGAAGGAGAACACAGCCAUGCUGGCAGAGGAGAUGGAGAGCCGUGUGGGCAGCGGGGACAGCCUGGGGGCCAGCCGCUUCCGCUCCAUGAGCUCCAUCCCCCCCUCCUCCAUGGGGGGCUCGUCGCCCCCCGGCUCAGGCUCCUCCACCCCGCGACGCAUCCCCAACCGCAGCCCCAACCGAGAGGUGGACCGCAUGGGAGUCAUGACCCUGCCUAGUGACCUGCGCAAGCACCGCAGGAAGUCUGCCCAGGACGACAAGACCACAAUCCAGUGUGAGACGUCUCCUCCCACCACCCCGCGCUCCAUGCGCCUGCACAAGGGGGCCAGCCACACUGCCAGCCAUGAGGACAUCAGGGACAUCCGCAGUAUGACCACCCUACAGGACGGCCAGGGUAGUAACCCCAGCAGCAGUAACAGCAGUCAGGACUCUCUGAACAAGGCAGCCAAGAAGAAGAGCAUCAAGUCCUCCAUUGGGCGCCUCUUCGGCAAGAAGGAGAAGGGUCGACCAGGCCCCCCAGGGAGCAAGGAGUCCCCUGGCAGCCAAGCUGGUACCCCCGAGGCAGAGACCUCUCCCCAGGAUGCACUGGGGCUGGGCAAACUAGGCGGCCCCGCUGAGAAGAACAGGAAACUGCAGAAGAAGCAUGAGUUGCUGGAGGAGGCUCGCAGGCAGAGUCUUCCCUUCGCCCAGUGGGAUGGCCCUACUGUAGUCGUCUGGCUGGAGCUGUGGGUGGGGAUGCCAGCCUGGUACGUGGCGGCGUGUCGUGCCAAUGUGAAGAGCGGUGCCAUCAUGUCUGCCCUGUCGGACACAGAGAUCCAGAGGGAGAUUGGCAUCAGUAACCCCCUGCACCGCCUCAAACUGAGACUGGCCAUCCAGGAGAUCAUGUCUCUCAUCCCCUCUGCCCCCCCGACCUCCAGAACCUCCACGGGGAACGUGUGGGUCACGCACGAAGAGUUGGAGUGCCUUGCAGCCACGCCCUCCACGGAGGAUGACGAGGGCAGCUGGGCCCAGACGCUGGCGUAUGGAGACAUGAACCAUGAGUGGAUUGGUAACGAGUGGCUGCCCAGCCUGGGUCUGCCCCAGUACCGGUCCUACUUCAUGGAGUCCCUGGUAGACGCACGCAUGCUGGACCACCUCACCAAGAAGGACAUGAGGGGACAGCUUAAAAUGGUGGACAGUUUCCACAGGAACAGUUUCCAGUGUGGGGUGAUGUGUCUGAGGAGACUGAACUACGACAGGAAGGAGCUGGAGAGGAGGCGUGGCGAGACCCAGCGGGAGCUGCAAGACGUGCUGGUGUGGAGCAACGAGCGUGUGAUCAGCUGGGUACAGGCCAUGGGGCUGAAGGAGUACAGUAACAACCUGCUGGAGAGCGGCGUGCACGGAGCCCUGCUGGCCCUGGAUGAAACCUUCGACCACAACGCCCUGGCCCUGCUGCUGCAGAUCCCCACCCAGAACACACAGGCGAGAGCAGCUCUGGAGAGUGAGUACAACAGUCUACUGGCCAUCGGUACAGAGAGGAGACUGGAUGAGGAGGACGAUAACAACUUCCGGCGCGCCCCCUCCUGGAGGAAGAAGUUCCGGCCCAAAGACACCCGGGGGAUGUCCCCGGGCUCAGCCGACACCCUGCCCGCCAACUUCAGACUGACCAAUAGCAACGCAGCGUCCCCCUCCACGCAGCCAAAAAGGAGCCACAUGGACGGGAGUCAGUCUGCAAUACAGAGGCUGGACACUGCCACAGUCAGGACAUACUCCUGCUAACACGACACAUUGAUCCUCAUUAUUUCUAUAGGUGACUGCUGGUUGGAGGAUGAGGGGUGAGCUCCCCCCCCCAUCAGGAGCAGCUGCUGCCCCUGCAAGGACAGAGUUUUAUUGUUAUCACAGCGAUAAAAGAAGUAGCAACCACAUCACCAAUCUCCGUACUAGAGGGCCCGUGUCCUAGAUGUAUCAAUCCUUAUUGUUCUAUUUAUGUUAGCAAGCUGGUGGGACAUUGGAAUGAUUUUAGAUUUAUGUAUCUGUUACUUCCCCCGUCUCUCCCGCCUCAAUGGAAAUGUCCCUAUUUUCUAAAAAACUGUUCCAACUGUGUCCUUAUCAAGGUUAACUCUCAGAUGUAACUGAAUGUUUUUAGAUGGUCUGGAGUUUGUAUAUUUUUUCAACAGACAUUAUCUAAUCAUUUUAUAUAUAUAUAUAUAUAUAUUCCUGAUCUUGUAUUGACCAGAUGUAUGUUUUUAUUUCUCUGUCCUCUGUUGUUUUUAAUCAUUGAACUGAUGAUCGAGUGACUUUAAUAAGUGACUUUCUAUCUGAAUUGGACCCCAUUUCCCUUCGACCCCAGCCUGUUAUCUUCAAGCGUAUCCAUGGUGAUUAUUUGUAAAUGCAGCUCUUCUAGGACAAUGAGAAUAUGUGAAUAUCAGAAAUAUUGCUGGAGUUCUGACUGACAUUGUUUCACCAACUGCUACAACGCUGUGGUCGCUAAGCACCGGGCGGACCGUAACCACAACAAGGUCCUAGGUAACUGUGACGACAGGUGACACGUGAAACAACUCUCUUUGUUUUUUUUUUCCUGUGAAACCAAACCUGUAGAAAGACUGAAACAAAAGCCAUAAACAGUAGUGAAGACCAGGGCUGUUUUCAGAUGCAUCGCUUGGUAAGAGACCAUUCCACUGUGUUCUCCAGUCAACCUCGCAUGCCCAAACUCUCCAUUCCUCUUUUCCUCCUUCCCUUCAUCCCUCUCUUUUCCCUGCCUUCCCCCUGGAGCGCGCUAACGGGAGGCCAGACGUGCGUGAAGAUCAACUCGCUUGUACCUGAGCCGAAAGCGUGGCGGCUCUACUAUCGACGGACCAAGUCCACUGUGGCCUAAACUGAUCCCAGCGACUAGCUACUCACCCGAGGUGGAGCGAUCUACCCUCAAACCUUUAACCAACUCUUUUUACUACGGACACUUCUAAUUAAGCCUGAUGGGGUUUUUUCUUACCUUAUUUCUCUGGCUGUCUUAUUUAUUCGUCAUCUCCGUCGUGUUUGUUGCUUUCUCAGUUUUGAUUUGUAGGAGUUGCCAUUUUUUUUUAAAGCUGUUUCUGAGUGUUUUAACACAGGUUGCUGUGGCAAUACUUUUUCAAGACAGAUAAUGUCGCGGAAGCAAAGACUUCCUUUCCACCCUGCAUUAGUUCCGUUAUUCCCUUUGUGAUUUAGUCAUUUUAUAAUGCACAAUGCAAAUGCUAUUAUUAUUAUUUUUAAUCUUCCGUUUUCCCCAUUUUAUUCUCCUGCUCUGGUAACAAAAUGAUGUACAGUCUGAGUACUUAACUAUUUUAUCACAGUAUUAUUUAUGGAUUACUUUCAAUAAAAUACUGAAACUUAUUUUCCACUGCCAAUAAAAAGCUGAAGUCUU